AUGUCUGCAUACUACCAAUACAACCAUCAACCAACGUCUGCUGCGCCCUCUGUCCCGCACAACAACCACCAUGGAGGACGUAACCGGAGAGCACCCAGGCUUUCCGUCUCGCAGAACUCGCACAGACAAUUCCGCGGCGUCCGGAGUAUGAAGGAGCUCUCCGAGUCCGUCGCCGUCACAUCUUUCCGAACACAAUUCGAGACCAGCCGGUCGUUCGAUCUGGAGGAUGACAUGGAGUUCUGCCCUAAGCUGUUGACUGAGAGCGAUCUCGUUUCGAUAAGCAGCUCUGGAUCGGACCGAUCGUCUCUCUCCAGCAACUCUCCUCACUCUUCGCCCACACAACAUCCCCAGCAAGUCGCACCAGCAUUCUCGCUCAACUCCUCGUCGCCUGCUUUCAUCCCGCCUACCUACCACACUCAGCAGUCGACCCUGAAGUUGCACCAGCCCGCGGCCACCCGGACUCGCAACGCUAUUCCCAUCAUCAACCCCGCCAACGGCCUGACCCUGUCUAGUCCACCUCCGUCGGUGUCCCCAGCGCGGAUGCAGCAGCCACUCGGUCGACGAUGGUAA